AUGUCAUCAGUCCUGGCAGUAGUCUCUCUCCUCCUCCUGCAGACAGGGGUCCAGGGGUUCCUGGUACUCCUCUCAGGCAGCUCCAUGGACCACCUGGAGAUCACUAGGGAAGCCAUCUUACAGACCACGGCAAAGGUGUGCAAGCAACUAGCCUCUGUUGAGGGAAGAGACUUCACUCUGCCGCCUGGACCACUGACUGUAGAGUCUCUGGCUCUAGCCUGCUCCUCAUCGGGGUCUGCUAAGAGUUUCCAGAGUGCCAUAUCAGACGUCUCCUGGAGAAAUGCCAGAGUUGACAUCCGUCACACGUCCGAUGUAGAGUACCACUUUGAUGGGGAGACGUUCGUGGAGGGGCGGAAACUCAUCACAGAUGGUGUGAGCUCUGUCAAAGCCAGCAUCAAGCAAGAGAACUUUGAGGAAGCAAGACAGAAGCUGGGAGACAUUUUACACACCUUACAGGACUUCUACAGUCACAGUAACUGGAUAGAACUGGGCAACAGAUUUCCCCAUUCCAAUCUCAUCAGAUCAGACGUGUCGGACAUCGGCCCUGUUGCAGAUAAGAACACACCCACAUGUCGGAGCUGUGUCGGUAAAGACUGCCAGAACAACAUCCUAGAAGACAUCAUCAGAGACAAGAAGCUGACCUCGGGAUAUUUUAGCCUUGAACCUUUUUUUUCCAUCAAACCAAAAGGGAAGUGCAGCCAUGGGGGCUUAUCGGACCAGACAAGCAGGCAGGAGCCUACAGGUGGGAUCAACAAGGACUCACUUGAGUCCAGCCAUGGCAACUGGCACACUGCAGCUGCAGAGGUGGCCGUGGCUGCAACCAGCCAGCUGCUGGAGGACAUCAGAGGGGCUGCCGGGGACACAGACUUCCUACGGAUGAUGGGGAUCUCUAAGAAUGGAUCUAGAGUUCUGUGUUUUGUGAUCGACACCACCGGCAGCAUGUCGGACGACAUCGCAGCGGUAAGGGAGACGACGUCGCUCAUCAUCGACAGCAAGAGAGGAACGCCAGACGAACCCUCAGCCUACAUCUUGGUCCCCUUCAAUGACCCAGACUUUGGGCCCCUGAUGCGGACCACGGACCCAGAUGUCUUUAAGGCCCAGAUCAAUGCACUGAGUGCUGAUGGAGGAGGGGAUUUCCCAGAGAUGAGUCUAUCAGGACUUCAGGUGGCUUUAACUGGUGCACCCCCCUCUUCAGAGAUCUUCCUUUUCACCGAUGCCCCCGCAAAAGACUUGAACCUAAUGGGCACGGUGAUCGCUCUCAUAGAACGCACUAAGUCAGUGGUGUCCUUCUUCCUAACUGGCUCUUUGGGGCUCCGUCGUAGGAGGGCUAGUGACCAGGGCCAAGGACAGGUCCAGCACAGUCGGAUGGUAGAGUCAGACUCCCAGCUCUACAUGGAGCUGUCCCAGGCCUCAGGUGGCCAGGCCAUACAGGUCACCAAGACAGAAUUGCCCAAGGCCACCAGCAUCAUUGUGGAAUCCUCCAGCUCUUCAUUGGUGACCAUUCUACAGGCUGUGCGGAGUCCAGGAAGGGCUGAUAAUUUCUCCUUCACUGUAGAUGAGUCUGUGAGAAACCUGACUGCUUAUGUUACAGGAAGCUCCCUCUCCUUCACUCUCACCAGCCCCUCAGGUCAGAGCGCCAUCGACUUCCUGUUUGACUUUGUGGAGGUGUCCCAGGGACCUCAUCCAGCCUUCGCUGUUUUAGAGUCCCGUCCUCAAGCUGGUGAGUGUCACGCGUGUAAUGCCACCCUGCUGGUGUCAGUGACGGGGAGUGAAUCUGUGAGUCUGACGGAGGUGGCCCUGGUUGAGGCCUCGGGGUCAGGGAGGUCAGUGGAACCUUGGAAUCAGUCGGCAGCGGAGACUUCCUGGUUACCAUGGACAGAAUCCCCGGAUGGGGAGUUUGUUGUGCGUCUGAGAGGAGAGAACAGCGCCACCACCAGGGCAUUACCAGACAGCUUCCAGAGACAGUCCUCCACCCGCCUCAGAGCCUCCACUGUUAUGGUGACGGCUGAGGCUGAACGUUCUGUUGUGUUCUGCCUGGCUUCAGGCUGA